AUGACAAGGAGGCAGGAUGAGAGUGAUGAUGACAUUUCCAUCACCUCAACUGCGGCCAGCUCACAGGCUUCUGAGUAUGAUGUGGAAGCUAUCAUAGCUGAGCACGAAUUCCCAGACAGAAAGAGGUACCUGGUCAAAUGGGCCAACUACCCUGAGUGGAGAAGUACUUGGGAGCCUGUGGAUUCCUUCAAAACGGCAGAGACCCUUAUCGACUGGCAACGCAGGAAACAGCAGAUUGCAGAAGGGAAGCUUGAAGCGUAUGACGUAGCCAACUGGGAGCGAAAGAACUUGAAACACCAGGAGGCAAAAGAGGAAAAGAGACGCAGAAGGGAUGCCAAAAGGAAACGCCUUGGCUUACCCACGAAGGGCCCCGUGAUUGAAUCUGCAAUCCCUCGGAGCAACUCCCGUGUGAGUGCAAGACAACAGAGUACACAAACGCCGCCCACUUACACACCCAGCAUUCGCUGUCUGCCUUUCAAAAAGCAGCAUGCCCUGGCGAAGCAACCGCCGGUCCUGUUUGGAAGUGGACAAAAACCAGAGCCAGCGCUAGCGCCAGCAUCAGCUACGCUGCGUUCCAACAAUGCUCAGGAGACCGCGAAGUGGUUUUCGCACCUGUCAACGAGGCGAAAACACGAGAAAGCUAAAUUCAGAGAGCCAGAUCCCAAUAUUGAGCAACUAGAGCUUGUUCGACCGUCAGACUGGUCGUCUAAAACACCUCUGCACCUUCUCAAGUCCGGUCCUUGCAAUGCUAGCCCAUCUGUUGACCAAAAUCGAGAUUCAGUCCAGAUCGUCACUGACCAGUCUAAUCCACACAUGGAGGCUGAUCAUUCAGAUGCACCUGCUCACUUGUCUGGCCCGCUGACUGAUCCGCCAAAUCAAGACCGGAUCAAGUACGACCGUCGUGAUAAAUCGGGCCAAGAUGUUCCCGAGCUACCUCGUAGGUUGCCGGGUCCCAAAGCUAAAUUCGUGUCCGGCCGCUUUUGCAAUCCCGGUGAGGUGUUAGUAUACAUGUAUUAUGGGCCAGACAAAAGGUCCAUUGGCCCAGCUAGACUAUGUGGUCUUAGCCCCACGUCUGCUAAAAGGCUUAUCGCAACUAAGGCGGGGCAAUAUAUUGAGGUUUGGUUUCAGCAUCUCUGCACACUGGAGGAUUAUGAGGUUCUCUGUUAUAACUCACGGUCGCGGCAUCGCACAUAUUGUAGGGGCUGGAUUCAGGGUUUCAAUGAUACGGAGUCCAAAAUAUAUAAUAUGGCACGGGAGCUUGAGCAAGGCGACCUUCUCGCGAUCUUUCCAGGCAAUCAGGGUACGCCACACAACGUGUUACUGGCCUACCCGUCUAAUUCACUGAAGCUCGAGUCACUCAACGACGGCUACUUCAGGAAGGAGCCUGAUACCUUUCUUAACCUUGUUGUGAGAGAUCCGUUGGACUCUCUUGAGUUUAUUGAGCGACUGCCAUCUAGGGCAAGAGCCGACGACCGGUGGACAGAUACUCGCCGCCAAGAACGCGUCGUGAGGGAUUCUCCGGAUUAUGAACUACCUCGGAGUGGAUGUGACGGCAUAGAAGACGUCGUCGACGCCCCAAUGUCAAUUCCAUCAAUUGAGCAGGGAAUCACAUCAACAGAAAGGCAAUCAAAAGAAGUCACUAUUGAGACUAGGUUGGGUUCAUCACCAAAGCCACGAGGGGUCGAUUCAUCAGAACGGCAAUUGAACAGGAUUGGAAUACCCGUGAAGCCAGACAAUUCACAGGAGUCAUUGAAGCUACAGUCUGAGGAAAUACCCAGUCCAGCGAAGCCAGACUCUUCACAGAUACCUCUGGAGCCAGCUUCGGCCGAAACGAACAAGGAGUCUACCAGUCAAGUGCAAGACGAACCCAUGGAACUCGACGAUGAACAAGACGAACCCAUGGAAAUAGAUGAGGAACAAAACGAACCCAUGAAGAUCCAUGAACAACAUAGUUCUGCUUCAGCGCCAGACGAACAGGAUCCAGCAACCCCCGCACCUACGGCCGAUCUGGGAAGUAUUUUCGAAACAGAAUUUGGAGUAUCUUAUGAGACUCUAGUGACAGUGAACUCCACAGGAAAGGUGCAGAGAGCAGAAGCAUUCUUUCUCUUGUUCGAGUCCGAGAGACUUCAGAGUGAACUUGUAAUUAUCCAUGCCUUUCUAAAGAAACAUAACCCUGUUAUAUAUACUUGGCAGCAGAAGGAUGACUGGGAGAAAUUUGCACGAGCUGUCCAAGUAGGGGUGGUUUUGGUUCACGAGAGCUGGGUCGACUUCAACAAGUUGUCUUUCUUCCAAAACCUCGUCAACAAGCCGAUCAACUUCUGGAGCGUCUCUCUGGCCAGACCUCUCCAAUAUGCCGGUCACCACUCCCACUUCCAGCGCAUUUUCCCACAUGGCGGGGCUAUAUUGGUGACGGAAGACAUAAUGCUCCAGGAUCCGAAAGCAACCAUGGCGAUACUGGCAUGGUUUGCUGACUUCAUCAAGAAGAAGUACCCGGGAUAUUGGAAGAUCAUGUUCCGGCCCGCUAUCCUGGACUGGAUCUUGCAACAAUCAGAAAGUGCAGACGAAUCAGCACGCGGACUAUGGCCUACAAUGUACCGUUUAGUCUUAGAGUGUUGCGGCGUUCCCGCAAACGACACUCCCAUUGCCGAGAUAUCAUCCGGAGCCCAUGACGACUACUUCGAAAGCAACGUCAUAUCCCCUCCCAGCCUUCCAAAUUAUGGCACCCGCACUGAAGCAGAUAAUCCAGACAUCCCCAAAGGCCUAACCCAAGACCAGCGCAAUGCAGAUCACCUUAUUGAAUUCUUUGCCGGCUGGGGCCUGGUCCAUCGCCACCGAUACCGACGUUUGCUCGUCCUUACGCAAACAACACCCCUGGACCGAUGGAAAGAAUGGCAACACAUCGACAUCAAAUGUGGCUCGAAUGCGUUCAUGAAAACACUCGGAAUCAGCUAUAGAUACUACUGGUCAAAAGUCAUUGCUGCUCCUUCCUCGUCUUCAGCAGCCUCUUCUGCUCCUCUUACUUCUUCUAGACCAGGUACACCGUCUGAAACACGAGCCCCAUCGGAGUCCUUCACGCCUCGAACGCCAAAGUCUCGGACUUCAUCCGUGUCAAUGAUCAGGGAUAUGGAUGGAGCUAGCUACUAUGGUCGGGCAUCUGGCGGAGUACCUUCUUAUCCGAAUCCAUACAGAUGA